AUGCAGCCAUCCAAGCAGCGCGUCGGUCUGCGCCGAAACCCGUAUCGCGAGCACCGCGAAGAACAGGAGCGCAAAAAGAGGCGCCAAGAUGAAGAGGCCGCUCGGGUCCUGGCCGACUACGAGGAGCAGGGCACUCAGCCCCGCCGCGACGCCGACCAAGGCAGCACCUGGGUCCGCGGCGGGGUGAUCCAGCACCGCCCAGACGGGCGACCGGCCGCCACCGCGGCCGAGCCGUCCGCCGAGGCCCUGUACCGCAUGGAGGGCGAGCCGGCACACAUGGAUCGGCUGUCCUUCAUGUCGGGCGCCGGCCCCGGGCCGGGGCCACAGCCGGCGCCGGCCGUGCCCUCGGCCAGGCCGCCGGCGCGCGAGCCGGCCACACGCCGGCCGCGCCGCGCCACCUCCGCCCUCUUCUCGGACGAUUCCGACGAGUCGGACGACUCCGGCGACGACGACGCCCUGCCCGAGCGGAGGCGGGCCCCGGCGGCGCCGGCAUCCGGCGGCGGGGCACGGCACCGUGCGCCCUCGGCGCCCGUCGGCUCGACCGUCUCCUCGGCCGCCUCCUCGUUUGAGCGCUCGCAGCCACAUCGCACGGCCUUCAUCUGCUUCAUGGACACCGGGUCGGCCGACAAGGCCCAGUCUCACAUGAACGGCGCCCUAUUCAAUGGGCACACCUUGCGUGUGAACCUCUCCAAGCCGGUGGCCGUGACAGGCGACCCGAUCUACGACCCCAACCUGCCCCAGCUCUUCGGGGCACGCCUCCUGCGGGCCGACCGCAGCGAGGAGGCCCGGGCCCUGGCCCGGCAGGGGGCUCGGAAUGCCUGCAACGCGUCGGCACACGAGGCCGGCGGCCCGGUCGGCCGUUGCGGGGUGGCCCCCUCGCCGGAGGUCCUUUGGGAGGUGCCGGUCCGGAUUCCCGAAUGCCCGGACACCCGGCAGCGCAUCCACCGGACCGUGUCGGCGGUUUUGGAGCGCGGCUACCCCUUCGAGGCGUUCAUGGCCCACUUUUUCGCGCGGAACCCGGACUACGCCUUCCUGCAGGACUUCCACUCGCCGGAGCAUGCGUACUACCGCUGGCGGCUGUUCCACCUGUCGCGGGCCGAUUCCCUGGAGGAGCUGGACUCCUGGCCGGAGUUCCCCUUCCUCCUGAACCGCAGCGGCCCGGUGUGGAUCCCCCCCUCGCGGGCGGACCUCUUGGCGCUGGUCCGCGAGGAGGCGGCCCGGGCCCGGGCCCGGCAGGCGGCCGCCAGCAGCCCGGCCAUCGCGGCCACUGGAGACCCUGUGUCGGGGCUGCUGGCCCCGGGGGCGGCGGCUGCCACGGCGGCCUCCCCGACCGGUGCCCCGUCGUCGGCCGCUGUGUCAGCCUCGGCCGAGGCGGUGACCCCGGGCGCCGCCGAUGAUGCGCCGCCCCGGCCGGCGGGGUGGUCAUCAUCGGCGGCCACGGCCACGGCCACGGCCGCGACCACGACGGUGGUGGCGCUGGCCAGCCCGGACGCCGGGCCCGGUGCCCUGGCCAGGCCGGCGGCCGGGGGCCCUGUCGGCCCGCCGGGCCCCCGGCCGGCCGAUGACCGGGAGCUGGCCGACGCCGGGGCCCAGCUGGCACGCGAGCUGCCCGAGGACCUGGUCAGCGAGCUGCAUGCGCUCAUUUGCCGGGCCGACUCCAGCACAGCCUUCGUGGCCAUGUCCACGGCAUGGGUGCUGUCGCUGCUGACCCACGGCCAGCGCAUGCUGCGCUGGAGCAAGGAGCACUCCAUCGACCGGGUGCCGGACGCCCUGGCCCGGCUGCUGGUGGCACACAUCACGGCCGGCUUCCACGGCCUGCCGGGGGUUGAUGUGGCCCGGGCCGCGGCGGCCGGGGUCCCCGUCACGGCGGCCAUCACCGAGGACGGCCUGCCGGUGCUGCUCAGCCGCCCGGCCGCCGGGGAGGACAGCAUCGCCGAAACCCCGACCGACACCCGGCUGGCCCUGCUGCACGUCAUGUCCGACAUGGCGUCCAUCGUGGUGGCCACCGGCGAGGCGGCGCCGCUGCUCUUCUGGCGCCUGCACACGGCCCUCGAGGCGCGGGCUGUCCGGGCGGUGGCCGCCUUCGCCCGGGUCCGGCGGAUCUACGCGGCCACCGGGUCCCUGCGACGCGCGGCCGCCUGGGACUCCGCCGUCCGGGCCGUGGUCGACCACUGGCGGGCCAAUGGGGUUUUCCACUUGCGCGUGAUCGACGAGUGCGACCGGAGCCUCGGGCCGCCGGUGGUUCCUGGGACCACGUAG